GCCUCUUGUUAGUUUUGGAGGCAGCUGAAUUUGCGGUGCAGUUUUUAGCGGGUUCUAAAACUCCACGCAAGAAAAAUAUUUUCUCUAAGCUUAAAGCUUGAUUUUGCUAAAUAGACGACUGUUUUGGUCUAUGAGAAGAGGGGAUGGGGAGUAAUAGCCGAGCAAUAGGAGUUGUUCUGUUUUCAAUAGCAUUUGUUGCUAUAGCUAUUGAAGCCUCGUCGGUAACUCAUCGUGAUCAAAUAGCCAAAGACAUGCACUCGGGAAAGGCCCGGCCACCCGUCGGACUCGUGACGCGUUCGGGAAAGGCUCGCGGAAUCACCCAGGAUCAGCAUUCCGAUAAUGACCACCCGUGUUACGAGACUUGGGAGAAUGUAACUGUCCCCACCCCUAACGGAUUAGUGUUUUGCUCGGUUCCGUCGGAUCAUCAGUUAGAGGAAAAGCUUAAGACAGUCGGGGGAUACAACAGGCACUAUGUUGCGAUCACCGAGGCCGAAGCACAGAACUUCGAAAACCUCCUAACGCCGAAACCAACUCCUACGCCCGCGCCAAACACCCACAGGACAGGGCACCCGGUGUUCCGCCGGCGACCUUGGUACAAUGGAAAGAAGCGGAGUGCUGCAUCAUGGGAAGAAGACGACAAAGAAGACGCGGUUACCAAGGUGCUAAAGGGUGACGAUGAGGUCGACGUAUCGAAUGCCGAGAUUUCAAAGCGCGCCGAGGCCACUGAAGGUAUAAUCAGUUCUAAGAAAAUAAGCUGUAUCACAAGAGGCCAAGAGAGCAAAUUUCCCGGCUACAAGCACCUUUGUGAUGUAUGUCAGCGGCAGAGCGAGCUUUCGAUUGGUCGCUUCCCGCGUUACCUGAACGAGAUCACCUGCGAGUCCGCGAGCGGUAGUGGUCCGGUCAGCGGUGUAUCGUCCUGUCAUAUCGGCAUAGGCAAGUGCUUUCAAGGUUAUAUGCUGAUUGAUCUGCUGUCCCGAACGGAGAAGUACGAGCCCUUGGAGCCGUCUCCUGUAGCCGGUGCUACGGCCUACGUACAGGUGUGGGAGCCGUACACACAGAAAAUACGAAGUUGCUGUGACUGCCGCUCUUUUUACUAAGGGAAAAGCCUGCUUUACUUUUUAAUUGGAGAAACCUACACAUAUAGGGCUCUUACUUUGCAUGAACUUAUCUAAGCUAUCUUUAGGAUAUUAAUUAGGCUGUAAAAAUUUGCUUCCUAGAAUAUAAUGGACACGAAGCCUCUCCAAAAUGUAUACAGAUGGUGCAAAGUAUAAGCAUCUAGUUCGGUCAGAUACUCCUUUUGAGUGUCAAGGGAUCCUAACCUGGCUUAGCUCUUGUUCUUAUUUCUAGGUUUUAUUUAAGUUUUCUCUUGUGUGACAACUGGAGUCUAGGAAUGAGCGCGCCUCUCGCGCUUACACUCUAGGGGCACUUGGCGACGACAUGUUCAAAGCAGAUUCCUCGCAAAAUAGUACUGCUAUCAUAGUGUUUUCUAAUUGAUAAAUAAAUAGGAUGUGUGAUUGCUCA